AUGGAGGUAAAGAGAAGAAAGACACGUAAAAUACGGUCGUUGCUAUUGCUUCUCAAGAGUUUUGUAGGAUUGCGUAUACGUAUUGAUUUGAAGAAUGAUUCAGUGCUGGAAGGUGUGGUGCAGGAAGUCGUGCAGGAUAUGGACAUUACACUUUUAAAUGUCUGCGAGAGUAAACCGAAUGGCAAGAAGUUGAUGCUGGAUGAAGUGUUUGUAAUGGGCAAGACAGUGCUGUACGUGCAUAUACCCGACAGGAUCAACGUAUCGCAGCACCUCCUGCAAUAUACUCGAAUGUUGCGCCAGAGUGUAACAAUGUAUACAAGAACAAAACGCACAUCCAUUUUGGCACAACACGCAAAGUAG